AUGGACUCCGGCAGGGCCCCGCUGCAGCCCCCCUACAUAGACCUUGAGGCCCCCCUUACAGAUGAAGAGGCAGCCAUUCGCCUGCAGCAGCAGAUAAGCGAGGAAGGCAAGCCAGGAGGCUUUGCUGCAGGGAGACAGGGCCUUCGUGCCUUAUGCCUACGCCUUCUACGCGGCCCUUUUGGGGCUGCAGAGUGUCUUGCUGGGGUGUCUCCUUUACUCCUACAGCGACAACUGGGACAAGGCAAGCAGCAGCAGCAGCAGCAGCAGCAGCAGCAGCAGCAGCAGCAGCAGCGGCAGCAGCGGCAGCAGCAGGGGGUGGCGGCAUAG